AGUACGUGCUUGAGCCUGCCCGAAAAUGUUCUCUCGUGUUGUUGGAUUUCGAGGGAGCGCAGGACUUUGCGAUGAAAUAAUACAUUUUAAACCGUGAGGAAAACAAAAAACAAACCGCAUGUUUUUAAACUGAAGUUCUUCGCGUUCCCAUUUAGUGGUGAAACUGUGUUUUUUUUCGGGGGGGGGGACUCCAAAGGGAAGUUUGUGUGAUCGUUUCUCCCGGAGUGAUGUCGAAUCCUGGGACUCGGAGGAACGGGUCCAGCAUCAAAAUCCGACUGACAGUAUUAUGUGCCAAAAACCUCGCAAAGAAAGACUUCUUUCGCCUUCCGGAUCCUUUUGCCAAGGUUGUUGUGGACGGAUCAGGUCAAUGCCACUCUACAGACACAGUCAAGAGCACACUGGACCCCAAAUGGAAUCAGCACUACGACCUUUACAUUGGAAAGACAGACUCCAUCACCAUCAGUAUAUGGAACCACAAGAAGAUCCAUAAACGACAGGGGGCGGGCUUCCUGGGCUGUAUAAGACUUCUUUCAAACGCCAUCAGCAGGCUAAAAGACACGGGAUACCAGCGUCUCGAUUUAUGUAAACUGAACCCCUCGGACAGUGAUGCAGUCCGGGGGCAGAUUGUCGUGAGCUUACAAACACGAGACCGCAUCGGCAGUGGAGGCCCUGUGGUGGACUGUAGAGGACUGUUGGAAAACGAUGGGCCUGUGUUCGAGGGAUGCUUCAGUGAAGAGCCGCUGCCCUACUCAGACCCCACCGGUGCAGCGGGGGGUGGGAACUGUCGUCUUGACUCGCCCAGUCAGGAGAACCGUCUUCAAACACAGCGAAUCAGAGGGCAGGAUUCGCGAGGCCAUGGACACACACCCCAGAACAGACCCCAUGGGCACCAGCCGCCUGACCUACCAGAGGGAUACGAGCAGAGAACAACAGUACAGGGCCAGGUCUACUUUCUUCACACACAGACAGGUGUCAGCACCUGGCACGACCCCCGGAUACCACGGGAUCUGACCAGCGUGAGCUGCGAAGAGCUUGGGCCGCUGCCAGUUGGCUGGGAGGUCCGAAGCACCGUGUCUGGCCGGAUCUACUUCGUGGAUCACAACAACCGGACCACUCAGUUCACAGACCCGCGUCUACACACUAUUAUCAGCCAGCAAUCCCAAGCAAAGGAUUCCUCUCAAGCCCCCCAGAUGGAAGUGGGGGGCGAAGAGGUGGGAGGUGGAGGAGUUGGCGGCGUCGGAGGAGUUGGAGGAGGAGGGGGCGAAGGAGACGUAGCGGCGCGAUACGAGAGAGACCUGGUCCAUAAGCUAAAGCUGCUCCGACACGAGCUGUCCCUGCAGCAGCCUCAGGCAGGACACUGUCGCAUCGAGGUGUCCCGAGAGGAGAUCUUUGAGGAGUCAUAUCGGCAGAUAAUGAAGAUGAGGCCAAAAGACCUGAAGAAGCGUCUGAUGGUGAAGUUCAGAGGAGAGGAGGGUCUGGACUACGGUGGAGUGGCCAGGGAGUGGCUGUACCUGCUGUGUCAUGAAAUGUUGAACCCUUAUUACGGCCUGUUCCAGUACUCCACAGACAAUAUCUACACACUACAGAUCAACCCUGACUCCUCCAUUAACCCUGACCACCUGUCAUAUUUCCACUUUGUGGGACGAGUCAUGGGCCUUGCAGUUUUUCAUGGUCACUACAUCAACGGGAGCUUCACUCUGCCCUUUUACAAACAGCUACUCGGCAAACCCAUCCAGCUCAACGACCUAGAGACCACCGACCCCGAGCUGCACAAGAGCCUCGUCUGGAUACUAGAGAACGACAUCACAUCAGUCCUUGACCACACAUUCUGCGUGGAGCACAAUGCCUUUGGGAAGUUUUUACAGCAUGAACUCAAACCCAACGGGCGCAACAUCCCCGUCACUGAGGAGAACAAGAAAGAAUAUGUCAGACUCUAUGUGAACUGGAGGUUUAUGCGAGGAAUUGAAGCGCAGUUUCUGGCUCUACAGAAGGGAUUCAGUGAGCUCAUCCCCCAGCAUCUCCUUAAACCUUUCGACCAUAAAGAACUGGAGCUCAUCAUCGGUGGUCUGGGGAAAAUCGAUCUGGCGGACUGGAAGACGAACACCCGCCUGAAGCACUGCACGAGUGAGAGCAACGUGGUGCGGUGGUUCUGGCAGGCGGUGGAGGCCUUCAGCGAGGAGAGGAGAGGACGCCUCCUGCAGUUCGUCACCGGCUCCACCAGGGUCCCACUACAGGGGUUCAAAGCGUUGCAGGGUUCUACAGGUUCUGCAGGACCAAGACUCUUCACCAUUCAUUUGAUAGACGCCAACACAGACAACCUGCCCAAGGCUCACACGUGUUUUAACCGGAUAGACAUCCCUCCCUAUGAGACUUAUGAGAAACUUUACGAGAAACUGCUGACGGCUGUGGAGGAGACCUGCGGCUUCGCUGUGGAGUGAUGAAUCCAACAACCGGACCUACAUACACCAGUUACACUUGCGCUUGCACUUGCACACAACUAUUUGACGUUUUACAUACAGUAUAUAGACAAAAAAAAACACAUCAACAGAAUAUCAAGUAUACAGAGAGUAUACGGAGCAGCCAAGCAUCACAAGGACCCAUAAAAAGCCCCUCGCCACCUCUUCACCGCUGAACUGUGGGGGGUUACAGGAGGAAGCACAGCAGGAGGGGAAAAAUACAGAAAAAAAUAAAGAA